CUCAGGGUUACUGCGCGUGCGCACUGUACGAAAAGCUGUGCCACUGCCUGCUGUUGCUGCAGUACAGCCAUUCACGGUAGCUUACAGACCCCUUUACCAGGGAACGAAUGCGUCCUGUCACAAAUUUUUCUUCCUGAAUCACACAAAAAACAUCAGAGGACCUACGAUGGCCGCUCAGCCUCUGAUCAGAACUAAACAGGCAGAAGGGGUGAUCAACGGCAUGUCAACUCAGGUGGUGUGCACAGAAUUCAGCAACUACAUAUUCGUAGUUCUCACGCAGUAUGGCAAGAUUGGGUCACUGAUCUCGGUCACACCUGACGCCCGAUCCACAGACAUCAGCAGUCCCAUGUUCACAACCAAAGUACUUCUGGGAAAAGAUGAGCCCUUGACGCACGUAUGCGCCAAAAACCUGGUGACGUUCAUCUCGCAAGAGGCGGGAAACAGAUCUGUUCUGCUGGGGCUGGCCCUCAAAGACACUAAUAUUGAGGCGAUCAAAGCCAUGAAAGGCAUGAUCAAAAGCUGCCAAGUCUGGUAGCCGAAUAUCGCGGAGGAAGUUGCACGGGACGCUGACCAAAUCGCGCCAUCAGCCAGCUAAUGGACUGAAACUUCAUGCACUUGCUCGAUUUCUGUGUGGCGCGAGAGCAAGUUUUUCAUUCUUAAGUUGAAUGUUAAUGGUUAUGAAUGGCUUUUUUAUACUAUGCCCUUGCUAUAACAUUAUAGCUGCAUUUUUUCUUGAAAAUAUUUAUCAUAGUCAAGGAUGGCACUGUGGAUGCUAUGAUUCAUAGUUUUGUUCAAUUGUUUUUUUCAUAGUGAAAUAUUUUCUGGAGGAAAUGAAGAAUUACACGGCCAAUGUGGCCCAUGGUGAUGUUUCUGUGUUUCGGUUUAAUAGCAGAUGACAUCAAUUUGUCAGAAAUGUUCUGAUUUCCUAUUUGUGCAGUCCAGGGAAUCCCUUUCAAAGGGAAGUUUACUUUCUGCUUUUUUAUUAUUUCAAUUUGUGUUUUUAUAAAAAAAUAAAAUAUUUUUCCUGGCCAAGAAAGUUUGUGUGCGAUUAAGGAGAUGCUUAUUUAUCAGAGUUUAUUAUGAUGUGCCAGGCUUUCAGUGGCUAUGGGCAAUGAUGGGUUUGUCGUUCAAAGGAAGAAAAUAUGAGUAACUCCAAGCAGCUUGUGCACCACUGUUGUUUCCAGAGGCUGUACUUAGACACAUUCAUUUUAUGUUGUUUAUUCACAGUUGCACAUAAAAAUGCGUUUCGUAUUUUGUGCUGGUACUACGUUCCUUUUCAGUUCAGAAGCAGUGGGAGCUCUUCCCUCCCAACAUUAAGAACCAGAUGGUUUAGAUGUGUUUGGACUGACCACGCUGGCACCCCACUGCCUGUUUUUGCGUUCCUAAUGUUAACCAAGAUGCUUGCAAAUUAAAAUUAUGGGUACAAUUAUGUCCAGCUGUAAAACGCAAGAGUGUUUCACCUGCAUUGCUGAACGAUAUUUAUUCAAGCCUGAAUCUAAGGAUGAGAAGUCACAGCAGCGACUGAGAGAUAAACCUGUGUGCUGACGUAAUCGCCAUAAAUGAUAUGAGAUGUUUGUUUUUUUUUGUUUUUUUUACGUAAGUUGGAAUUGCACAAGCAGGAAAGAUGUUAAGUAGUCCAUUUGUUGUUUCUUUGAGGCGGUUCUCUCACAAGCUACAGGAAGAUGCGCCGCUUCUUUCCUUGAGCACCACAGAACAUAAACCAAACUGAGCAGUUCUGUGUUGAGCACAGCUACAGAACAGUUCUGUGUUGAGCACAGCUACAGAACAGUUCUGUGAGCACAGCGGCCUCAGUAGGCCUACAUGCAUAUAGGAAAUGGCUCCAAUCAAAAAUUAAAUUAGAAAAUAAAAAAUUCACUUGUACAGUGGUGGCAUAAACUUAUACUGCAAAUCGCAUUGGAGUUACUUAGAAGUGUAUUUUCUUGUUUUGAAAUUGUAAACUUGUAAAUGUCCCUAUACUAUCCAUUGUAAAGUCAGCUGUAAAGUGUGGAAUGUCUGUAGGUAGAAGUGUCCUUCAUCACACCCAAAAAUGCCUGUGUUCAUCAAAAAUGCCCCCUGAAACUAUAUCAAAAACAUCCAAGUAAACAAUCCCUUUAAAUGCU